AUGCUCCCCGCCCUUGUCCUCCUAAGCUUUCUCCUCCUCCUCGUCUCAGUGCAGGGCACGAGUACCGGGUCAAGCAUCACAGAGAGCAUGCAUGCGGGCUGGCAUGUCACAACCGAUAUCAACGAGACCGUGUUAGAUUAG